AUGCAGAACCAAAACGCCGGUCCAUCAAACAGUGAUAACCGGGACGACAGCAGCGUCGCAUAUGUUAAGACCUAUGUGCCAAGCAAAGAAGAAUGCCUAGCAGACAUCAGGAAGAAUCAGCGAAAGUUCAACGCGAAACUAAUGGUCGUCAGGGCUAAGGAUCAGAGGGAAAGGAAACUGGCCCCAUCUCAAAAGUCUCCGUUCGUGGGAAACGUUACGGUUAAGGAGCUCAUACGUAACAAGAAGCAGCGCUUAGCGGUCUACAAUCCGUAUCUGCCCGAAGACAAGAAUGUUCGGAAGGAACUAACGGCGUUCCUGAAGUCUACAGCUGGGUAUCCAAAGCUUGACAAGGAUAAGUUUCCCGUGUGGUAUUGGUGGUGGGAACUCAUUACGCAGCCGCAAUGGCUAUCGGACUCGCACAUGGACGCGGUCAUCAAUCUGCUGCGGCUCAGAAUGAAAGAACAACCGCACAGCUUUAGAAGUGACAGGCUUUGUCUCAUCGAUAGUGGUCUUAGUCUGUUUUGGACGGCAAAGUAUGACGAUUUCAAGAAGUCUGAGCCUAAUGUCUUUGGACUUGGGAAGUACCUCCCACCUGACUCACUUGACUACUUCCAAGGCACGAAACCAGAAUUCUGCCAGACGAAUAAACGAUGGUGCAGGGACAUUGACGAGCUAUAUCUCCCGUUUAACAUUGGGAAGAACCACUGGGUUGCUCUAUUCAUCUCCUUACCGAAGAGGCACAUCACGAUCUGGGAUAGUUAUCCCUGCCGUAUGGACGAUGAAGAACUGGCGAUUAUAUUGCUCGUCUUGAUAGAUUCAGCAAUGUUGCUCGUCUUGAUGUUGUACCUAUCACCGGGAAAAUGUACUCUAGACCAAAGCUUAGGGUCGGCCAACUCCAUGUAUGCUGCGAGGUCUGGGUGCGCAGCUCUUAGUGAGUCCAUGCACCGAUUAUAUUCAGCUAGAGUGUGGGCAUAA